CACGCCCUCAACCUUCAACAAAGCAAUACAAUAUAUAUCUAGUGAAUAUGCCCACCUUAAGUGACUUCAUUCACACCCAAUUCCGCCUGACCAUCCCCAUUCCCACUACUCAAUUCACUUCCAAAACUGUUCUCAUAACAGGCGCCACCGGCGGCCUUGGAAAAGAAAUCGCCACCCACAUCGUGCGUCUCAACGCCGCGAAAGUCAUCCUCGCCUGUCGAAACCCAUCCCGGGGGAAUGAAACCAAACAUGCCAUUGAAGCCACCCUGCAGUGCAACCCCGACAUCAUCGAAGUGUGGGAAGUUGAUAUCGAAUCUGCAGCAUCUAUCAAGGGACUCGUGAAUAAAGUCAACAAGUUACCUAGACUCGAUGUGGUAAUUAACAACGCGGGUAUCAGUGCGGCCAAGUUUCAACGGGUGUAUGGCACUGAGAAGACCCUCGCGGUGAAUUGUAUUGGGAAUUUUCUGCUGGCAUUGCAGGUGUUGCCGAAGUUGAGGGAGACGGCGAGGAGUAUCAAGGGGUCGACGCCGUGUAUGACGUUUGUGGGAUCGGCAUUGUAUGAUGUUGCCAAGUGGCCGGAGACUCAUGGGGAGGAUAUUUUUGAGUAUUUUGGGGAUGGGACGAGGUUCGGUGGAAUGAAUCAGUAUAAUCUAUCCAAGCUGAUCCAGUUGUAUUCGGUUAUCAAGUUGGCGUCGAUUGUGGAUCCUGUGGGUUCGGGGAAUUCUAACGCCAUUGUGAUCAACUCGCUGGAUCCGUGUUUCUGUAAGACGGGGCUGGGAGGGGAUCUCGGUUGUGUGGGAAAGGUCUUGUACAAGUCUUUUGAGGCGCUCGCUGCUCGGACGCCUGAGGAGGGGUCCAGACUUGUGGUGCAGGCUGCUUCGGCGGAGAGGGAGACGCAUGGGCUAUAUUUCCGGGCUGGAGCGGUGCAGGAGUAUGCGCCGAUUGUUAGAGAUGAGAAGAAGGCUGAGUAUCUUUGGGAGGUGCUGAGUAAACGGUUGGAGGGGUUGGAGCCGGGGAUUAUGAAGAAUGUGGAGUGA